AUGGGUGGACACCACGCUGGAAGCGACCAUCUGAGCAACUUCCCUACUCAGUCUACCUCCCAACAACCCACAUAUACCCAGGCUGUUCCUACCCCCAUUGUCAUUCGUGCCUUGAUUAUUACGAGCGACGCGAGUAUCAUCAUUGGCAAGCAAGGGCGCCACAUCAAUGAAAUUCGCGAAAUGAGCAGUGCGCGCCUGAAUAUUAGCGAGAGCAUUCCCACGAACCCAGAGCGCAUCCUGACCGUUUCUGGCGCGUUGGACGCCGUGAGCAAGGCUUUUGGCCUGAUUGUCCGCCGCAUUACUGAUGAGCCCUUUGACGAGCCUUCCCUUCCGGGCUCGCGUGCGGUCACAAUCCGCCUCAUCAUCCCUAAUUCGCGCAUGGGCUCUGUCAUUGGCAAGCAGGGUACCAAGAUUAAGGAGAUCCAGGAGGCCAGUGGCGCCCGUCUGAACGCGGGCGAGACGAUGCUUCCUGGAUCCACCGAACGUAUCCUGAGUAUCACUGGUGUGGCGGACGCUGUGCACAUUGCUGUGUACUAUGUCGGCACGAUCCUCUUGGAGCACCAGGACCGUAACGCAAACAACCUGGCCUACCGCCCGGCCGCCACUACGCGCGCGCUAGGCACGCCGCCUUUCAAUGCGCCUGCGCUUGGACCUGCUCCUGCCCCGGUGGCUGCUGCUGCCGCACCUGCUACAUACGGCUACACUGCCCCGGGUACUCCCAACGCGCUUGCGUCAACCCUGGCUCCUGGCUCGCAGACACAGCAAAUCUUUAUCCCGAACGACUUGGUGGGCUGCAUCAUUGGCAAGGGCGGCCAAAAAAUUAACGAGAUCCGCCAGCUGAGUGCCAGCCAUAUCAAGAUUAUGGAGCGCGGCGCUGGCAUCGCUGCUGGUGGCACGGGCUCUGAGCGCCUGGUCACCAUCACGGGUCCCCCACCCAACAUCCAGAUGGCUGUCACGCUCCUCUACCAGCGUCUCGAACAGGAGAAAAUCCGCCUGGCGCAGAGUGCCGCCGCAGGAUUUUAA